CCGAUUCCGGACUCGGGAGGACUUUUGAAAAGCUCCCGCAGCCGCUGCAGCCGUCGCCGCAGGGAAAGACGGGGAGGAGAGGCGGCUUGGCCGGUCCUCUGCGGCGUCGGCAGCGCCUCGCCUGCGGGCUGGGUGGCAGCGAACGCGGCUGAGGCGACGGUGCGUAAGUGGCAACGGAGGCAUAUCAGUGUGGCGGAGAUGAUGUGGAGAGACACUUUGGGAGUUACUAACAUUGACGGCAUGGAUCAUUCUGUGCUCAGAAGGGAGGUGUCAGCUGUGCUUCAUGACAGAUCCCUGGUUGAAGAGGAGGACCCUCACAUGAAAGUAUCUCUUGGGAGCAGCGAUAUGGGUGUGUCUGCCCAUCUGCAGUCUUCCAAGGCAGGGACCACGAGAUUUUUCACCAGCAAUACUCAUAGUUCAGUGGUACUACAGGGUUUCGACCAGCUUCGAAUAGAAGGUCUGCUGUGCGAUGUGACGCUUGUGCCAGGCGAUGGAGAUGAAGUGUUUCCUGUUCAUAGGGCAAUGAUGGCAUCGGCUAGUGAUUACUUCAAAGCCAUGUUCACAGGUGGGAUGAAAGAACAAGACUUAAUGUGCAUUAAGCUCCAUGGUGUGAACAAAAUAGGUUUAAAGAAGAUCAUAGAUUUUAUUUAUACUGCAAAACUUUCUCUCAACAUGGACAACCUUCAGGACACUUUAGAAGCUGCCAGCUUUUUACAAAUCUUACCAGUUUUGGACUUCUGUAAAGUGUUUCUUAUAUCUGGGGUUUCCUUGGAAAACUGUGUUGAAGUGGGGCGGAUUGCCAAUACGUACAACCUCACCGAAGUGGAUAAAUACGUGAACAAUUACAUCCUCAAGAACUUUCCUGCGUUGUUAAGUACUGGCGAGUUUGUGAAACUCCCCUUUGAGCGCCUUGCCUUUGUCCUUUCGAGCAAUAGCCUUAAGCACUGCACUGAGCUGGAACUCUUCAAGGCUGCCUGUCGCUGGCUGCGGUCCGAGGAGACGCGGAUGGAAUAUGCAGCAAAGCUCAUGAAGAACAUCCGGUUCCCUCUGAUGACCCCGCAGGAUCUUAUCAACUACGUUCAGACGGUGGAUUUCAUGAGGACUGACAACACAUGUGUGAACUUGCUCCUGGAAGCCAGCAACUACCAAAUGAUGCCCUACAUGCAGCCCGUUAUGCAGUCGGAAAGGACGGCCAUCCGCUCGGACAGCACCCACCUGGUCACGCUGGGCGGAGUGCUACGGCAGCAGCUGGUGGUCAGCAAGGAGCUGCGAAUGUAUGAUGAGAAAGCGCACGAGUGGCGGUCUCUGGCGCCCAUGGAUGCACCCCGGUACCAGCAUGGCAUUGCUGUGAUUGGGAACUUCCUUUAUGUUGUUGGCGGUCAGAGCAAUUAUGACACAAAAGGCAAGACGGCGGUUGACACUGUGUUUAGGUUUGAUCCUCGCUAUAAUAAGUGGAUGCAAGUGGCUUCUUUAAAUGAAAAGCGAACCUUCUUCCACCUAAGUGCCCUCAAAGGACAUCUGUAUGCAGUCGGUGGCCGGAAUGCGGCCGGCGAGUUAGCCACAGUGGAGUGCUACAAUCCAAGGAUGAACGAAUGGAGCUACGUGGCCAAAAUGAAUGAGCCCCACUAUGGCCAUGCGGGGACCGUCUAUGGGGGCCUGAUGUAUAUUUCAGGAGGCAUCACCCAUGAUACUUUCCAGAAGGAACUCAUGUGCUUCGACCCUGAUACGGACAAAUGGACUCAGAAGGCACCAAUGACCACAGUCAGGGGCCUUCACUGCAUGUGUACUGUUGGCGACAAGCUGUAUGUCAUUGGUGGAAACCAUUUUAGAGGAACCAGUGAUUAUGACGAUGUUCUAAGCUGUGAAUAUUACUCACCAACUCUAGACCAGUGGACACCAAUUGCUGCUAUGCUUCGUGGUCAGAGUGAUGUUGGGGUGGCUGUGUUUGAAAAUAAAAUCUAUGUGGUUGGAGGAUAUUCAUGGAACAACCGCUGUAUGGUAGAAAUCGUUCAGAAGUAUGACCCGGAAAAGGAUGAGUGGCACAAAGUCUUUGACCUCCCAGAAUCCCUCGGGGGCAUCCGUGCCUGCACGCUGACAGUGUUCCCUCCUGAGGACAAUACAGGGUCACCUUCUAGAGAAUCUCCUCUUUCGGCACCUUGAGAAACAUCUCUGGACUCACAAUGUCGUCGUUCCAAUACUGUUGCACUGCAUCAUGGGGUUCUCCUUUUGUCUUUUUCUUCAGUAGUAUCUCUGAGGCCUACCCAGAAGCAGACAGCACAGUUUUGGGGGUGGGGGUGUAGGCAGAACAGUGAUUUUUGUUACUUUUGCUGUUUGAUCUAGAAUGUCUCUGGAGCGGACAAGAGAACGUUCUAAGGAAAGUAUUCUUGGAGCCAAGUGAGUAACAAAUGAGGCGAGCAAGGUGGGUUUUUUCAAAAAGGAAUAUUUGCAUUUGGUACCUUGAUGUUAUGUAUUGGAUGUGAGGGAGGUCUAGAAAGCGGUGCUGGAAAGGGAGACACGAAGGUCAAGGUACCCGUGUUUACUAAGUUGUGGCGAUUCAGGCCUUCUUUUCUUUCCUGCCCCUUUGAAAGGGAAGGCAAUAUCAACCAGUGCAAAUUUCCAGCAUCUGUCUUGCCUCUGCUGCCCUCCCCUUUAACAGAGAAUUUUUUACUUAUCUGUGUAUCCCAUUGACUCUGUGGGUGCUGUUCAGAGGAUGUGGAGUUCCUAAGGCAGACAAGUAGGAGAAACCCAGCAGUUUGGAAAACAUGAGCAAGUAUACAACAGGCAGACCCUGAAAUUAUUAACCAGGGUGUGUGUGUUUGUGGAAUUUGUUUUUUUUAAAAAAUACAUGUUCUUUUUUCUGGGCCAUAAAAUAAAAUAUAAACAUGUGAAGCUUUUAAUCCCCUCCUCCAAUUCAGUCAUUAUUGAAGCUUAAGGUGUUCAUACAUGAGAUUUCAGUUCAGCCAUGUGAACUGGUUGAAUGCCUGCACCAAGUUUUAGGUAGACAAGGGCUAGAAAUGUUUAAUUUUAAGCCACUAAAUUUUGACCAAAUCCUUCCCUUCACAUGAAAUUGGUCCCCCCGCCCCCCGCCUUGUUGGCAAGAUAAUUUGUCCAUUACACCUCUGUAUAAAAUCUCAGUUAAUGUGGUUAUUUAGCACAAAAUGCAGCUUAGGCCAAGAGCUGCUUUUGCUCAGAGAAU